UUCUCUUUUUAAGAAUGGGGUCCCCUGAGCCAUUGAGGCGCUACCAUUCUGUUUCCAUAGUGAUAAAAAAAACAAACCUUCACCCGUGUCUGCCAAGGAGGAACCUUGCAAGUCAGGCUCUACUCUAGGUAGAGGGGUGAAUUUCUCCUCCUGUCUGACUUUCAUUACAACACCAGGAGAUGGAUUGGAUUAUCUUCAGAAGUCCUGUUCAUGCCAACUCAACCUUUGUGGAAACUCUGGACUAGAUUCCAUGGAAGUCUGUCUCUGCGCUAUACAUACUGUGGAUUUCUGCUUUGGUUUCUCCAACACUUGGAAUACCACUGAAGUUCUGGAUUCUGGAAUCUCUGAAUUUAACCUCAAAUGAAUUCAGAUUUUGUGUUGUUGGGAAAUAGUUUCUCUAUAAUAUUUUGGUUUCUUUAAGAUACUUGAUUUGGGAAGGAACCACAUGAGAAAAAUCUUUGAGCAAUCCAAGUGAGAGUAAAGCCUGUGCCCAACCUGGCCAUGUACCACAACCCUCUUGUCUACUGCACCUGCUGGGACCCCUGGGGCCUGGGGCCAAGGAAGCUUAUCAAGACCCCUCGGCCACCAAGCAAGUCCUCCUGCAGGAUGCCCAAGCUAACUCCUGUGCUACCAGUUUUGAAAGAACACGAUUACCUCCAGCCCCCACCAGCAACAAAGCCUACUGUUGCCCCAAAAGUGAGUGUCUAUCCUGGGAGGUUGGAAGACAGCCAUAAGUCACCUCAAGAGGUGAUCAAGGUGUCGCCUGGCUAUGAACUGGUUCGGAAUAGAGAGCAAAUUUCUGUCACCUUGGGGGAUGAGAUGUUCAGUGGGGAAAAGCAGUUGGAACCUGAGAUCACAGACAGAGCCAACAUUUCCAGGACCAAUAUCAUUUGUGACCUUGAAGAGCAGAUCUCGGAACUGACUACAAUAAUAGAACAAAUGAAUAGAGACCACCAGGCUGCCCGGAAAUUGCUCUGCAAUGAAAUGGAACGCCGCUGUGAUGAGAUGAAGCAGAACUUUAAAAACAAGACCAGGGCACUCAAAAUGGCUCACAAAGCAGAGCUGGCUGAGUUAGAGCACAACUACAGAGAAGCCCUGAAGGCCGAGAAGUCAGCUGCCCAAGGGAAACUAGAGGAGAUGCAGAAGGAAUACAAGUAUUUGAAGAACAUGUUUCACAUGUACCAGGACACCAUUCACGAUGAGAUGGAAGACAAGUGGUCCCAGCGAAACGCAGAGUGGGCGGAGGGCGAGAAGAUGGAGCGGGAGAAGAUCCUGCUGCAGCACAAAUACAAGAUGACAAAAAAGUUUGAGUUAGAGUCAGAAGAGGAAAAGAGAAGAAUGAGUGAAUCCUUUAGUGCUACCUUUGAGAGCUUCGUGCAUGAGAAGGAGGAGCUCUUGAAGCAACAUGAAAGGGACACCAAGCAAUUACAAGAGAUGAGGAAGACCAAAGAGAUCAUAGAGGAAGAGUUACAUGCACAAGCGCUUAUUCUGGAGUCACUCAACACAAACCUCUACCAAACUCAGCUGGAACUCCAGAAAGAGAAAGCUGCAGUGGGAAGCCUGGAGAAAAUGCUGCAGAACAAGCUUGCUGAGGUUGAAGACAAGUACAAGUGUACCAUACAGAGUCUUACGGAAGAAAACAUUCAUCUAAGGCAAAAGAUAGUUACCAAGAAUGAAGAGAUUUGUGAGAGACCAUCUGAGAGCUCCACCUCUGCUACUCCUUGUGAGCGUGACUUGGGCAUGUUAGAAGAUGGUAGUGACAAAAGAGGAGAAUCAUAAACAAGACUGCUCUCCACAGCCAAGGAGGUGGGGAGCCAGCCUUGCAGGCGUAGGGAAUGUCUGGGGGCUUUCUUGAGAAAAGCUGGUAAUGAGUUGACUUCUCGGGUGGCUCAAUUUUUGCCACACUUAGCUUUCGUCUGAGAGGUGGGGAAUGUUGGAACUCUCAUCUCAAGGGCACACCUUCUGUAAACUCUGGAAACUGAUGUGCUCUAUGCCUGGAAGCUUUCUCUGGGCUGGGUACUAUUUUCUCUUCCACUUUUGCAUAUUUGACUAAAAAGAGACUAUAGUAAUUUGAAAGCCUUCUUCCUCCUGAAUGCUGAGUUUAUUUCAAGUUAUAGUUUUGUCCUCCUGGAGUAUUUAGCUAACAAGACAGAUAAUGGAUUGAUUCGAUCCCAGAGCUUUGCCCUCGAACCUGUGCCCAUAAGCCCACUUCCCUCAUGUCCUUGCACCUGUGAUUCGGGAAGAGGAGUCAGACGAUCCUGGCUCUGUUCUCUAAGCCAUCAUGAGAAUCCCAGUGCCCACACAGUGGGCAGCAACAUUGAAUGGAGCAGACGUAAAGAAGACAAUCACAGAACACAGAGACAGUGGCCACAGACCACAGCCUGACAGGCAUGGCUACCAACCUGAUUU